GGUCUGUUAUUUGCAUUUAAAUAGAGCUUCGUUCUGUCUCUCACUGCUCGUUAAUUUUUAAAUUUUUUAGGGAUAAUUGCUUUUUUGUUUUAAUUAGUAAGUUAUAAAGUAAUUGGUAAGCAAUAGUUAAUAAAUGUUAAAUUUUGUACGGCAACAUCAAAUUUUCAAUAUAUUAUUUUGGUACUUUUUAUUUACCCUGUCUGCCACUUCUGGCGCUUAUAACCGUAGCCUCCAGUUUAAUAUCUUCAUAGUUUACCCCUAUUAUGUUUAACUAUAUUCGUGUUCGAUUAUUUGUAAAUACAAAUAAUUAAAUAUGUGUUUUCAUGGAAUAAACUGAAGUAUUAAAUGAAAAUUGCUGUAUUUAAUUUGAAAAAACCGCAAUUAUGUUUUAAUGCAAGUGUAUAGUAAAUAAAUGUACUACUGUAUAUGAUGGCCUCGGGAGUUGACGACGAUUCGCAUUUAUAUAGGUUAGAAGGUAGCAAAAGUGAAAAAGGGGGAUUAAUAAUACGGAAGAAAAUUCGGAAUGCUGAUGAAUUCAAAGUGCCAGCCCCAAAAAAAUCUCUUUUGGGCUUAGACAGAUUAGCGGAAAUCCGUAAAAAGCAGAAAGAAGAUGAAGAGGAUACAGAUAGUAAGAAAUCAAAGGUAUUGUCGUACAGGCAGGAUGAAGAAGAGAAUGAUGAAGUGGAAGAUGAAUUGGAUGUUAAGGAAAAAACAAGCAAACGGCACUAUCGGCCAGCCAACGAAGAAAGCCCUUCGUACACUGGUGGCAUCUCGGAGGUGGCCCGGGUGCGGUUGGUGGAGCGUCUGCAGAAGAACAAAGACCGUGGUGUUUACGCCUCGUCUGCCAAGAAGAAGAAAAAGAAGCACAGCCACAGAGGCGAUGAGUCUGAGGAGCAGCGCAGGCGUCAGGACUCCCGCAGCAGACGUGGUGAAAGCGACAGGCGUGAUCGCUCUGCGAGGAGAAGCAGGGGCAGAGAGAGUGAGCGUAGGUCGGACAGAAGCAGCCGGAGGUCCGAGCAUGGUGGGCACGCUAGCCCCAGGGGGUGGUCGCAGACACCGCACUUCAAGGACGAGCCCAAGACACCAGAGUUCCCGGUCAAGGACGCACCAUCUAGAACGAGCUGGGAUGAAGACGAUCCGCCCCCUCACUGGCGAUCGAGCUGGGACCUGCCCACCCCGAAGACGGGGCGGCCAGAUGGGGACUGGUCGGAGAGGAGCCACCGCAGAGCCACAGAUAAGAAACUGGCGAGGGUGGACGAGUCCCCCAGGCCCAGCCCGGUCCACAGGUUCAACCAGUGGGCCAAGAACCGGCGGAGAACCGGAGCUACGCCGCUCACGGGUAAAGAAGUCCUGAAAUGGUCGUCGGAUCAGGACCGGGAACUGUGGGAAAUGGAGCAGAAGCGGCUGGACAGGGAGUGGUACUCCUUGGACGAUGGCUUCGACGACGAGAACAAUCCCUUCUCUAACCUGAGUGAGGAGUACACCAAGAAAAAGGAGGAGCAGCUCGAACAGCGGAAGAAGAAGCGCAUGUCGGCACAACAGCGUCAGAUAAACAAGGACAAUGAAUUGUGGGAGCGUAAUAGGAUGCUAACCAGUGGCGUGGUGCAGUCUGUGGAUGUUGAUGAAGACUUUGAUGAGGAGAGCGUGGACAGGGUGCAUCUGCUCGUGCACAACAUCGUCCCGCCGUUCCUCGAUGGUCGCAUAGUCUUCACCAAGCAGCCGGAGCCUGUCGUGCCGGUCAAGGAUCCAACUUCUGAUAUGGCAAUGGUUGCCAGAAAGGGUUCUCCUCUGGUCAAAGCCUACAGAGAACAAAAAGAAAGAAAGAAAGCACAGAAAAAACAUUGGGAGUUGGCUGGAACAACGAUUGGAAACAUCAUGGGUGUUCAGAAAACUGAUGAAAAGGAUGAGAACCAAAAUGAAAAUGACGAGACAGACUAUAAGACAGACCAGAAGUUUGCUGAUCACAUGCAGAAUGCAAUUGAAGCUAGCAGUGAGUUUGCCAAGAAGAAGACUAUUUUGCAGCAGAGGCGGUACUUGCCUGUGUUUGCUGUCAGACAGGAGCUCCUGAACGUGAUUCGAGAGAACAGUGUGGUGAUAAUAAUCGGGGAGACUGGCAGCGGCAAGACGACCCAGCUGACCCAGUACCUGCACGAAGACGGCUACAGCCGGUACGGGAUGAUCGGCUGCACCCAGCCCCGCAGAGUGGCGGCCAUGUCUGUGGCGAAGAGAGUUUCAGAUGAGAUGGGCACCCACCUGGGUGACGAGGUGGGCUACGCGAUCCGCUUCGAGGACUGCACGUCAGAGAAAACUGUCAUAAAAUACAUGACCGAUGGUAUUUUACUGCGAGAGUCACUCAGAGAGUCAGAUCUCGACAACUACAGCGCAGUCAUCAUGGAUGAAGCUCAUGAGCGCUCGUUGAGCACAGAUGUACUUUUUGGGUUGCUGAGAGAGGUGGUUUCAAGGCGGCAGGACCUGAAGCUGAUAGUGACCUCUGCAACGAUGGACGCCACUAAAUUCUCCACGUUUUUUGGAAAUGUCCCAACGUUCACCAUCCCGGGCCGCACGUUUCCCGUCGAGGUGCUGUUCAGCAAGAAUCCUGUCGAGGACUACGUUGAUUCUGCAGUCAAACAGGCCCUGCAGGUACAUCUGCAGCCCACGGAAGGUGAUAUACUGAUAUUCAUGCCCGGUCAGGAAGAUAUCGAAGUGACUUGUGAAGUGCUGGCCGAGAGACUGACAGAAAUAGAAAACGCGCCACAGCUGUCUAUUUUGCCGAUAUACUCGCAGUUGCCAUCCGACCUGCAGGCAAAGAUAUUCCAGCGAUCUCCAGACGGGCUGCGCAAGUGUGUGGUCGCCACCAACAUCGCCGAGACGUCACUCACAGUGGACGGAAUAAUGUACGUGGUGGACUCGGGCUACUGCAAGAUGAAGGUGUACAACCCUCGUAUCGGCAUGGACGCCCUGCAGAUCUACCCCAUCAGCCAGGCCAAUGCCAACCAACGCUCGGGGAGGGCGGGUCGCACCGGCCCAGGACAGUGCUACAGACUGUACACGGAGCGGCAGUACAAGGACGAGCUGCUGGUGACGACGGUGCCGGAGAUCCAGAGGACCAACCUGGCCAACACCGUGCUGCUGCUCAAGUCGCUGGGCGUGCAGGACCUGCUGCAGUUCCACUUCAUGGACCCCCCGCCCCAGGACAACAUCCUCAACUCACUGUACCAGCUGUGGAUCCUGGGAGCCUUGGACCACACAGGGGCGCUCACAACUCUCGGCCGGCAGAUGGCGGAGUUCCCCCUGGACCCCCCGCAGUGCAAAAUGCUCAUAGUGUCCAGUCAGAUGGGAUGCACUGCUGACAUAUUAAUCAUUGUGUCAAUGCUGUCCGUACCAUCAAUUUUUUACCGGCCAAAGGGCCGAGAGGACGAAGCAGAUAAUGUGAGGGAGAAGUUCCAAGUACCGGAGUCAGACCACCUUACAUACCUGAAUGUAUACAACCAGUGGAAGCUGAACAAAUACUCUGCAAAUUGGUGCAAUGAACACUUCAUCCACAUCAAAGCAAUGCGGAAAGUACGCGAAGUGAGGCAACAGCUGAAAGAUAUCCUGGAACAACAGAAGAUAGAAGUUGUGUCCUGUGGAACUGACUGGGACAUCAUUCGCAAGUGUAUCUGCUCAGCGUAUUUCCAUCAAGCAGCAAGGCUGAAGGGCAUAGGAGAGUACGUGAAUUGCCGGACGGGCAUGCCAUGCCAUCUGCACCCCACAUCAGCCUUGUUUGGCAUGGGCUUCACACCCGACUACGUGGUCUACCAUGAGCUCAUCAUGACUGCCAAAGAGUACAUGCAGUGCGUGACGGCGGUGGACGGCCACUGGCUGGCCGAGCUGGGGCCCAUGUUCUUCUCGGUGAAGGAGACGGGCCGGUCGGGCCGGGCCAAGCGCCGCCAGGCCCUCGAGCACAUGCAGGAGAUGGAGGGCCAGAUGAAGAUAGCCCAGGAGGAGAUCCGCGCGCGCAAGGAGGAAGAGGAGCGCAAGCUGCAGGCCGGGGCCCGCGUCGCAGAGAUAGUGACCCCAGGACUGCGCGACCCAGGCACACCAUCCACUCCACGCAGAACCCCAGCCAGGUUGGGCCUGUGACCACGUUCAUGUGCUACUCGUCACUCCUGUACAUACUUGUACAUAAGAUUUUAUAAUAAAUUAUGUGUCAUUUUCA